AUCAUCAUCCAAUUGCCUUCCAAUUGCUUCGCUCGCACGUACACCUCUUCCCCUUCUUUCCUUCUCCCCGAGCAAAAUACACUAGUCCAUCCUCCCUCCUCUCUCAUCCCUCGCCCUCCCCCCUCCGUCCUUCUCCAUAUAGUCGCAGGCGGGAGAGGGGUCUUCUAGCAACUAGUCGGUCAAAGCAGAAGAUCGAAGACGAAACAAAAUGUCCUCGGUCAAGGCGAAGGACUACUCGGAACAAGGCCCCGAUGGGCUUGCCAAUCUGACGAAGCAGGAUGAGGCCGAGAAACAGGUUCUCCAGGCCAAGCUGCAGGCCAGCCAGGAAGGCGGCGCGAGGGUCAUGCAGUUUGACGAAGAUGCCACCCCGGAGCAAAAGGCGGCCGAAGCCAAGAAGAAGAUGAACGAGAUCAAAGGCCCAAAGGCAGAGAAGCCCGGCGGCGGAACGGGCAUGAUCUCUGACAUUGGCGGCAAGAAGGUUGCUACAACGAUUUCGGCCGCCGACGUCGACCGUGCCAGUAAGAGCGAGGGUCAGAUGGGUGAUGGCACCGGUCCGAAGGUGGGCCAGGCCACCUCGACGAUCCCUGACUACUACCAAGUGGGCCACACGGGUGUCGCUAAGAAGAUGCUUAAUGGCCAGCCGGGCCUUACCACGGGCGAGGAGGAGACGCUGGAUCAUCCCGAGACCCGCCUCGUGAGCAAGUACCUCGCUGAUCAAUGGUACGGCCGCUUCUGGUGGGAUGGCGCCGUUAUUGUCUUUGCCGUGCUGGCCACCUACUUUGGUACUCGCUUUGGUGGAGGCAUCGCGACCAUGUUUGUCAUUGGCGCCGUCUGUGCGACGUAUUACAACGCCAGUAUGCGUAGGACCCGUCAGCGAGCUCGAGACGACAUCUCGCGUGAGCUGGCCAAAAAGCACAUGAUGUCCGAGAAUGAGACGGCUGGCUGGAUCAACCAGUUCCUUCGUCGCUUCUGGCUCAUCUACGAGCCUGUGCUCAGUGCCACCAUUAUCUCGACUGUCGAUGCCAUCCUCGUGCAGCAAUGCCCCGCCUUCCUCGACUCGAUCCGCCUCACAACCUUCACUCUGGGCACUAAAGCACCUCAAAUCGACUUUGUACGAACCUUCCCCGCCACCGAAGACGAUGUCGUCUGCAUGGACUGGAAGAUUUCGUUCACGCCAAACGACACGCAGGACCUCACUGUCCGCCAGGCCGCGCGCAAGAUCAACCCAAAGAUCUGUCUGACCAUCCGCAUCGGUCGCGGUGUCGUCGGCGCCGGUAUUCCCAUCCUUGUCGAGGACAUUUCCUUCACCGCUCAUGCCCGCAUCAAGAUGAAGCUCAUCUCGACAUUUCCCCACGUCCAGACCGUCGACGUCUCGCUCAUGUCGCCUCCGCAAUUCGACUUUGUCCUCAAGCCUGUGGGCGGCAACACCUUUGGUUUUGAUGUCAUGAGUGUCGUCCCCGGUCUCGAAGGCUUUGUCAAGGGACAGGUCGAUGCAAACGUGGGUCCCAUGAUGUACAAUCCAAACGCGUUUACCGUCAACCUCGAGGAGCUUCUCUCUGGCACCCCACUCGACACGGCCUGCGGUGUGCUGCAAGUCACCAUCUGGAACGCACGCAACCUCAAGGGCGUCAAGAUUGGCGGCGGCACCCCUGAUCCGUACAUCGCCGUCUCGGUCGAUGACAAGGAGACACUGGCAAAGACGAAGUACAAGCACAGCACGGCGAACCCCAUCUUCAAGUCGACGCACUUCGUUCUCCUCAACAAUCUGAACGGUAUGCUCACCCUCAACAUCAUGGACUGGAAUGAGCACCGCCCAGACUCGAAGCUGGGCUCGGCCGCCUGGGAGCUCAAGGAGCUUGACGUGGAGCCCGAGCACGAUAACCUUAGCACGCCUGUCAUGCUUGAGGGCAAGGAAAGAGGCAACGUCAAUUACUCUCUCUCAUACUACCCUGUCAUCAAGCCAGAAGUAGGCCCCGAUGGCCAGACGCAGCCGCUGCCCGAAACGAGGUCGGGCGUUGUGCGCCUCACGCUCCACCAGGCAAAAGACCUCGACAAGCGUCAGGCGCUCAUGGGAGAGAUCAACCCCAAGGCUCGCAUCACCCUCAAUGGCAACAAGGUCAAGGACACUGCGACGCUGAAGCGAACCACGUCGCCGAUCUGGGAAGAGCACUUUGAGUUCCUCGUCACCGAGAGGCGCAAGGCCGUCAUUGGGGUGCACAUCAUCGACGACCACAACCAAAACGAUCCCGGUGCAUCGUACCUCAGCGUCAAGCUCGACGAUCUGCUACACGCCAAAGAGAAGCAGCAAGAUUGGUUCCCCCUGGCAAAGAGCAAAGAGGGCAAGGUGCGCAUGAGCGCAGAGUGGAAGCCUGUUCUCAUGUCAGGCAGCAUGAACGGAGGCAGUGGCUACACCCCUGCCAUUGGUGCCGUCAAGUUCUGGAUGCACAACGCAAAGGACAUCAAGAACGUCGAGGCAGCCUUGGGUGGCAAGAGCGACCCCUAUGUCACGCUCAAGACGAGGGGCCAGCAGGUUGACGGCAGCACCAUCUACAACAACAACCUCAACCCCGAUUUCAAGGGCGAGAUCCUCUAUGCGCCCGUGCACUCGCUCAAAGAGAAGAUCACCGUCGAGCUCAUGGACUACCAGAACAACACCAAGGACCGCCCCAUUGGCUCGUGCGAAAUCAAUGUCGUCGACCUGGCCUCCGAGGAUUCGAGCAACAAGAAGAUGCCUUAUGCCAGCUCGGGCAAGCAGAAGCAUGUGGAGAAGCUCAACCUUGGCCGAGGUAUCUACAAGGGCGAGAUCACCUUUGACUGUGAAUUCCUUCCUGCCGUCAACCUUAACGGCGUCGAGUUCGCUGGCGCGGGCAACGAGGCGGCAUCCAAGGCCGGCGGAGGCCCCGACGAUGGAGACGAUGGUGGCGAUCCCGACGGAGCAUCGAUCAAGGAGAUCACUAGCGAUUCCCAGGCUGACGCAAAGAAUGGUGCUGCUUCGCCAACUGUGGCCGUGACCGGAAAUGGUGACGCGAAGUCGACAGGAGCUGCCUUGUCCAAGGCGGGCCACACCAAGGGCAAAGAGUCGAUGGCUUCCAUCAACACUGUCGCCACGGCCAAAACGUCAGACACUAAGGCGACCAAAGAGAAGGGCGAGGGCGGCGUCAACAUGACCCACGAGGAGCUGAUGCAGACGCAAUCGGGCAUCCUCGUCUUCAACAUUCUCGGCGGCAAUGUCCACAAGAAGAAUUGCCGCCUCGAGGUGGCCUUUGACGACGGAUACUGGCCCUCGUACACCACAGAAGAGGCUCGAACUGCCCAGUGCACCUGGGACGAGGUGGGCGAGGCCGUGAUCAAGGAGCUUGACUGGUCCCGAAUGUGGCUCAAGCUGCGAACGGGUACCGAUGACCAGAGCGUCUUUGCUGAGUUCCAGGGCAACACCAAGGAUGUCAUGGAGCGAUGCCUCGACAAGGUCGGCGAGCUGACUCUGGCCAGCGACGCGGGCACGGGUCAGUCUACCGUCCAGCUGACGUGCAAGUACAUUCCCCUCGAUGUUCACCUCGAGCCCGUGGAGAGCGUCAACAACAUGGGCUUCCUGCGCGUGGAUCUGAUCAGCGCAAAGAAUCUGCGCGGCGCCGACCGUGGUGGCAAGUACUCGGACCCAUACGCGACGCUGAUGCUCAAUGGCGAGCGUGUCUUCAAGUCAAAAGUUGUCAAGAAGACGUUGAACCCGACGUGGGACGAGAAUCUGGGCGAAUGCGAGGUGCCGUCGCGCGUGCACGCCGACUGCCACUUUGAGAUCUUUGACUGGGACCAGGUUGGCACGCCCGACAAGCUUGGCCAGGCUCAAAUUGACCUGGCGGACCUGGAGCCAUUCCAGGCAACGGAAAAGGUGAUUCCCAUCUCUGGCAAGGGGGCGGCCGAAAACGGGACGAUUACAGCGCGCUUUGUCUUCCGACCCGAGUUCAUUGCCACUCGCGGCCGCAAGGGCACGUCGCUCAACCUGGGAAGGACAUUCACGCAGGGCGUCGGCGGUGUCGGACGCUUGGGCGCUGGUGCGGUGGGUGGCGUGGGCAAGCUUGGUGUCGGUGCAGUGGGAGGCGUGGGCAAGGGCAUCGGAGGCGUGGGCAAGGCCGGUUACGGCUUUGUCCGAGGCGGCCGCAAGGUGUCUGCCAACGGUGGCGAUGCGACCGUGACAGCCGCCCAGGAGGUCCCCGAGGUGCCCGGCCUGCCCGAUGGCCUGCAACCCGCCGCCGUCGCGCCGCCCGGCACGGCCAUCAACAACGAUGCGGCCAUGGGCAUGGCAGCUAAUGGAUCGACCUUUGGCGAUGGGGCCAGCAUCGCCGAGAGCUCGCCGUCGAAGAGAAGGAGCCGGAUCCACAACCCAUUCCAUCGAAAGCACUAAAUUACCCGCUCAGUUCCCUGUGUAUGGUUCAUCUCUGUUUUCUACUUGCGUCGCCGCUGCUGAAUCAGGACUUGUUUUUGUUGUGCAAUGAGAGAUCAGGAUGAUCCCCCUUUGAU